GAGAGAGAGAAGAAGAAGAAAGAAGAAGGAGACCGAGAAGCGGGGAAGCAGAAGCAGCAGCAGGAGGAAGAGCCGGCUUCCCUGGGCUGCGACCGGCGAAGGGUUCCUGCAGAGGGGGCUGCUUGCUUGCAAAGAGCCGGGCGAAGAGUGGCGACCCCGGCAGGCGCUUUUUGCAGGAAGCUGCCUUUGCCUCUCCGCAGCCUUUUCCAGAGCGAUGCGAGGCAAAGGCUCCUGUCAAAGAAGCGGCGGCGGCAGCUCCUGACCCGCCGCCCCCCCCGGCACCUCUCUCUCCCUCGCUGCCGCCCGCGGUUGAAUGAAGGCGGGGAAACCAGCAGCAAAGCGACGCCAGGGGAGAGGCGCGGGCGCUCCAGAGAAACGGCGGCGACUCCUCUCCCGCGCGCGCCUGUGCACAGGCUAGAGAUCGCUGGUGACCGCCGAGCUCCGCCCGAAGCAUGCCGCCGCCGCUGCCGGGUCCCCGGAGCCCCGGUCGCCCUUGGUCGGGUGGCGUGGAGCAGGGGGGACUCCUGCGCUUCCAGCAACCUCGGGGAAGGGAGGCAGGGAGGGAGGGCAGCCGAUCUGGCAGCUCCGGCUGCGGUUAACUCCUUCGCUGCCGCUGCUUGGAGAAAAGGAAGGUCCUGGGAGCUGGUUUGUGCGACCCCCGCGAGACUACGAGGGGAGGUUCUUCGGUGGAAAGGAGCGCGCGUCGGAUCUCGGGCGUCCCCGCUGGAAAGAGCGGUGAGUCCUUUCCUUUUCCCCCCAUCUCCGCUUCCCUCCUUCCCUCCCCGCCUCCACCUUGUUCUUCACCUUCUCUGCUUCUCCUCGCACGUUUGGCUUAGCGCGGCCGUGUUUCUCUGGCCGCGUACUACACUGGCUGCAAGGGUACAUAUCAAUUUAUUUCCCACUGGCCAAGGUCCUCCAGGAGGGGGGGAGCGUUGUGCGUGUUAGAGGUGCAGAGAUCUGCUUUUCAAGCGGAGCUGCAGCAGUGUGCGUCACGUGUGAACCCAAGGGGCGGGCUUUUGGCAAGGAGCUUCUUUACGAGUAUUUACUACAAGGUCUACUCCAGAAGAUUAACAUCCCCACUCCUUCUGUCAGUUUCCGAUGCCAUGCCCGGCUAAAAAGAGCGAUAGUAAUAAUAAUAAUAACAAUAAAAAUUGCAAGCGCAAGUCAUCUGCUCGCUGCCGAUCGUCCGCAAGGAAUGGCCGAACCUUUUGCGAAUGAGUUGGCGUCCGCAGCUGCCAGAGGGGACCUAGCGCAACUUAAAAAUUUGUUGGAAAAUAAUGUAAACGUCAAUGCACAAAAUGGAUUUGGGAGGACUGCGCUGCAGGUUGGUAUCCAGACGGACAGAGGCAAUCUUUCGCCACUAGGUGAACUGGUUUGACGGGGACGCGAACCGUUUUUAAGAGGGGAGGAAAAAAAAAACACCCAGCAUUUUUUAAAAAGCGAGUUGGUUGCCAUAUUUUAUAACUUUAGCGGUUCCAACUCCCUAAAGUGACGUACUUUAAGUAAAACUGGUCAGUAAUGCUUUUAAAAAAAUAUCUGUAGACUAACUCGUCCACACGUUAAUUCGAUUUUUUUUAAAAAAGAAAAACAACCCUUUUUCUGGGGCAGGGAAGCAAGUGGCGGAGGGGGGAGGGGGAGGGAACGAAACCAUCCGGGCUAGGUCGUCUUUCACUGCAGGUCGGUAAACACCUCCUUUCUAUUCUUUGAAAUCCCGAUUAUAUGUUUAGCUUUCUAAAAGCGGGGGUGCUCUCUUUCUGAUGGGAGCGAGGUCAGUUUGGGGCUUCACUCUCCGGCUCUCUUUCUCUCUCUCCCCGCGGUGAUCGCUCCCCCCCCCCCCAAGUUUACUAUCUGCACUUCAUAGCUAAGAUGUACAUUAAAAUAGUUGGGCGAUCUGAAUCUCUGGAAAGACAGUGCCCUGGAUUAUUUUUUAAAAGUGUUUUGGUGGGUCGCUACGCGGCGAAGAUUUCCUUGCCGUAGGUACCAUCCUUGUAUACACCCAUUUCCACUGUUUAGAUUUAGAGACGGCAGCUGGAGCCCUUCCAGUUCCUAAAAUCCUGGACCCGCUGAAAGAUGUUUUCUUUUAAGAACAUCGCAUAACGGUGCUGAAAGUGUUACAAUGCACGAGGGAAAUAAAAGUGGGGGGGGGGGGACAGUCUCGCAAGAGAUGUGGAAACGUAGGUGAAAGCCUGCGACUGGGGUUUUUUGGGUGUGUUUUUUUGUGCCAGGCAGAGGAUCAAGAGUGCAGUUGGGACUACUGAUUAGGCUUCUCAAAGAAAAGGGAUUUGUGCUUUAAACUACAAAAAGGUGAUCCACAUGUCUCAUAUGUUGGUGGGUGCUAAAAAGAGAGAGAGAGAGAAACAGAAGCCCCCUUUUGUAAGGGAGUUAAAAAAUAAUAAUAACCCUGCCUGUGAGCUAUCUCCCCCCCCCCCACUUUACAAUUCCUUUCAAUAAUCCUUAAAUUAUUUCCUUUUCUGAGAGCAAUGACAAUGCCCAGAGGUCUUCUAGGCUCUUUUUCUUCUACCGACCUACAAAUAGGAAAGCUUCAAGGCCCACAGGGCCGGGAGGUUGUUGAGUAAAGCAGGGUUUGUGUGUGUGUGUGUGUAGGUUUCUGCCUCUAAAAUGGAUCUCCAAUUUCUCUUCUAAGUGCAGAACCAACGAGUUGUUGCAGGAGCAGAUCACAACAAUUGAAUGGCACAUUUUGCCAUUUUAAAAAAUAAUUACAGGGGUGUAUUUUCUAGGCAGAGAUGGAUCAGGGAACUCUCUUGGCUGCCCAGUGUAUCUUUUCCAACACCCACUUUUUAUUGCUCCUUCAUCGUAAACAAGGAUUUGACGCACACUACCAAAUGUGCACACACACAAACGCACACACUCCUCUAGAAUAAAAGCUAAACAUAGAAGAGGCUGACUGCUUAUUUUCAGUAUGUAUAAUCCAGAGAAAACUAGUGGGUGGAUGAUAGAAUUUGAGAAAGUUGAUAGUCAACACAGUCCCCAAUAUUGCUUACUCUAUAUUUUACCAAAGAAAGUGAAAACACACUUUGGCUUUGGUCCUCUAGCUCAUCCAGACAGCAUUUCGCUAUUAUUUUCUCUGACCUUUUCUCCUUCCUCACCGUCUGCAUUUUGAAUUUGGAUGUUUUAAAGCAGGCCUCUCUCUCUUUUAGAUUUGGCCAAGCUCUUAGGCCUUUUCUUUCGUAUCUGUCCCCUUCCCUUGUCAAAACAAUACUACAUCAGCAACCUGCACAUCUGAAGUGGUAUACUAAAUGAAACUUGUUCCACAUCCUGAUCCUGCUUUCCUUACUUACCUCAAAUUGCACAAGGUGUAAUAAGGCCCUGCUGAGUGAGAGUUUAAAAUGUUUCGGGAGUCCCUGUUGUGUUGGAGGUGUUGGGAAGCCACUCACCUUUCUGAGUGUUUUGCAAAUACUUAACAUUACUAUUAAUUUCCAGAAGACUUAGCAGUCCUCUUGGCUAUUUGCAGCCCAGACCUGCCUGAGAGAAGUCAGAUGAUAUACAGCAAAGCAUGCAGGUAUCGCCUAGUCAAUAUUCCACAUUGUAGAUGCCAUUCACACUUACUGCUGUUGUAUCGUCUGGCUCUCACUUCCCCACCCACCUCAACAAAGUUUGGACAUACUUAUUUUUACAGCUCUUUCCAGUUUUGUUUACUGUAAGUGUUCCCCCUUGUUUAUGCUAAGAGAGGAAGGCAAAAUUCCUUGCAGUAGAAAAUUGUAUGGAGCAGAUAGGCAGACAGACAGAUAGCUAUUCCUUUCGAGAAGAGUGGGUAGAAUAGAGCUGGGGGUGGGGGGGGUGGAAUUGAAAGCAAAUAAGGAACACAUCAUGCUUCAAAACUGGCUGUUCCAAAAAGAAAAGAACUUGACCGAAACAUAACCUUCAAUGUGUGAUAUUACAAAAGAACUGACUGCAAUUUUCCCCCAAGUCAUUAUGAAGAUUCAGAAUGCCUGAGGGUCUCUCUGAACUAGGCAGACCUGUUCCUGUGCUGAAAAAUAUUAUGCAGGUUCCAUAUUGCAAUUUUUAAAAUUAUUUAUUUUAAAAUGGCAAUAUCAGACUACCUUUGCCUUAGCAGGAAGCAGUAUGAAAGAUGCUGAAUCAUCAGAGCCAUCCUUCUAGUGGCAGUUGGAGUGCUUUCACAAAAAGUAAAAAAAAAGGGGGGGAAGGACCUUUAGGGAAGCCAACAACCUUUGAAAACUUUUCCAUUCAAACAAAGCCUAAGAAUUUGAGGAAUAUGUUUGUCCCUCUCCAAUUAUUAGAGGAAACCAGGAUGUGUGUUCAUUUGCAUUCUUGUGAUUAUAGAGAUACCAAAUGAAACUAAGAUUGUGAUCUUCUUAUGCACUUUUACUUGAAAUUAAGGCUAACUGAAUUCAGUAGAAGACUCUUCUGAGUAAAGACAUUCAUGAGGGUGCACUGUCAACAGGUGUGGCACACCUGCUGUUCUCAAUUAUUCAUGUGUCAUCUUUUUAAAAAAUAAGCAAACCUUUUAGUCUAAAAUAUGGACCUAACAGGGUUGUGUUGUAGCUCACUGCCAAGGCAGGAGCAGAAGAACUCUGUUCCUAGUACUAUUCCAGCCCUCUCAUCUCAUCAUUGGAAGUGACUUUCACCUUUACUGAAGUUUUCUCCUUUCCCUGGCUCAGUCUGACAGAGUUUGCUUUUGGGUCUGACUCCGUUUUUUUAUUUCCGUGUGUCAUGGUCGUCCCCCGCACUCCCCCCCCCCAAGAAACACAUCUAAAGUAAAUGCCCCAAAGCUUGCAUUUCUACCAACAAGUCAGUGCAGUUCAAUGUAUUAUCUCAACCUGCUUAUGUGCCUUUGACUUCUGAUAUCAUCUGUUCUGAUAUGACUAAAUCGCUCUUGAAGGUUAACAAGGGGGUGGGUGGGAAGAGUGGGAUUAUUGAAUGCUUAAGUGACUCCCGACCAUGGUGGGAUGUUUUGGGGUUGUUGUUUUUUAAUUACAAUAAACCAACUGCUAAACAGACACUUUGUCCGCCCCACCCCAUGAUGAGGACGAAAUAUCAAGAUGGGAAACAGUUUUAUCUCAAGACCUCGUUAUUUCACUCGAGGAAACGCGCCUAGGGUACAAAACCCCUUGGGUUUCAAUGGGACCUGCUCUCCAAGGCUGAGGUCAGCGCGCAGGGGCUGAGGGGAAUGAUAUUGGCGGGGAAAACACACGGAGGUUCCCUGAACGGUUUCGCUCUCCGCCCUCAGGAUCCUCCGUCGCCAAGAAACGCACACCCGCACGUUUUAAGUAGGUCUGCCACUUCAAUUAUUCCCUGCUCUGCGUCAGAAGAGAUAUCCUCCCUCGCGACUCUUCUGGGGUAUUGAAUCCUUCGUAACCCUAAGAGGAAAGAAUAUCCCCCCAUCGCCUCAGUAGAAUUUUCUCCUUAAUUUUGUUUUCCCUCCUCCCAGCACAGGAAUUCUGAGGGGCAAUGGUGACUGGGCAGGUGGAACUUCUCCAUCACCUGCCUGGGAAAAGACCUGAGCCUCUGCCUUUGUCACCCGGCUGUUAAAAGCGGGCUGGGGCGAGAUGGCAUCCCUUAGGAAGGGAGGCAGCGGAGCCCCGAGGACGGAGCAGUCAGGGGAGCUCGAAAAAGACAGCAGCUGGCGCCACCUUCUUCCACCGAAAUGGUGGCGUAGGGAGGGCAGAGGAUAAUCGUUAGGUGCGCCCCCCCCCCCACGAGCCCUCGACCCAGUGAAAUACAAAUCAAUAGGCUGGGUUCUCCGACCCAGGUCAAGCGACGGCUCUCUGAGGUAAGGACGCCCUAGGGUGCUAUGGUGAGGUACAGGCUCGCGUAACGUGUGAACGCAACUCAGCCGUGUGUUUUUUGUUCCCCUCCCUCUCCCCCUUGUCUUUCCCGCCUUCUCCCGUCAGGUGAUGAAGCUGGGCAACCCGGAGAUCGCUCGGCAGCUGCUUCGGCGGGGCGCCGACCCGGACCUGAAGGACCGCACCGGCUUCGCCGUCUUGCACGACGCGGCGCGCGCGGGCUUCCUGGACACGCUGCAGACUUUGCUGGAGUUCAAUGCGAACGUGAACGUGGAGGACGCCGAGGGCAACCUGCCCUUGCACUUGGCCGCGCAGGAGGGCCACCUGCCCGUCGUGGCCUUCCUGCUGGAGCGCACGGCCAGCCGCGUGGGGCACCGCAACAGGAAGGGCGACACCGCCUACGACCUGGCUCAGCUCUACAGGAGGAGCGCCGUCGCCAAGCUGCUCGAGGGCCGCGCAGGAGGCAGCGGGCGGACGGAGGGCGCCGACGGCAGCGGGGACUGAAGCCCCUGGCCGCGCCUGGCUCGCUCGGACUCCGGCAGAAGGAGGGAGAGCCUCUGCCUUCCCUGCCCACCCUCCACCGCCCCUUCUCCCCCUGUCCCGUCUCUCCAUCUUAACCAAACCACACCAGUAAAUAUUGUAGGUCUCUUUCCAUUGCAGACGUGGGGGUGAUUUUCUUUCUUUCUCUGGGAGAAGAAGAAAUAUCACGCCAGUAGCAGCAGCUUUUCUCAAAGGCGGGAGAAUAAAACCAGCCUGACGGCCGGUGGCUUUCUCUCUCUCUCUCUUUCUGUCUCUCUCUCGCUCUGUGCCUCUGUCUCUCUUAUUUUUUUUUUACUCGGUUUAUUCCGUCCCUUAAAAAAACAAAAAACAACCCUCCCCUGCCAACACAACUUGCAUAAGGACCCUCUUUAUGUUAGCAGGUGACUUUCCUCUUUCUUCUUCUUUUAAAGAUCUUUGAAAGUUUACUGUGAUUUCUCCUCCCCUCCCCUGAAUAUCAUCUUGCCUAACAAAAGUUAAAAGAAUAUGAAAAAAACACAUGAAGGAGUGUGUGACAUGAUGUGAAAAGGGCUUCUUUGCCCAAAAGGGGGAAGAAAGAGGGAGGGGAAUAAGAACUUCGGUUGUGUUUAGAUACAUCUAGAUACUUAACUAGAUGGUGACACUAACAAAAGCUUUUAAUUUUGUAUUUCUUGCGAUUGUGGCUGCCAUCCUAAACCAUUUGCAGUGCAAUCCUAUAUGUGUGUAUUCAGAAGGAAGUCCCACUGAGUUCAAUGGGGCCAAAUCCUGGAUUGCAGCCUUGAUUUGAAGAAAGUGAUGUUGAAAUCAUUGGGAUUUACUUCAGAGUAAACGUGUUUAGGAUUGAGGUUUAGUGGGUUAACAGAGUGUGUCUGUGCUGGGGCAGGGGAGGGAGAGAAGCAAAACGUGUCUGGGUGUUUGUUUUAAUGUCGAAGGUUCAGAAAUUCAUCAGGAAAAAAGUAUUUGCUUUUUAUAGAUUUGUUUAUAAAGAUCAGUUUUCCCCUCGCUGAAUUUCACAUGAAUAAGGUUUUACCAAUUUGCUUUUCACAAAAUGAUAUUAUGACCACAAACACAGCAGUUUCGAAAACUGACCUUGCAAUAUGGAGAUUAAUUCAUAAGAUUAACUUGUGUUUACUGCCUUUUGGGGAGUGCUCCAAGAACGAGUCUUGUUUGGUUGAACACCAUUUACUCCAGAUAGUUCCAUUUGUUCUCACAUAAUGAAGCCAGAACAAGAAUGUCUUGUUAUGGGUUAAGAUUUGAAAACCGAGGUCAAAGCCUGCUUUUAGAAAGUCAGUGAAUCAUCUUAAACGUCAUUAUAUUGAAUAAAAGCUGAAGGAUUUAAAACAUAUUUUAAAAGCAAAAAUGAGAAGGGGGGAAGUGAUUUAAAAUGGACAGUUUGAGUUCUGGUUUUUAAGCUUUCCAGUAGAAAAAAAGGAAGGGUGUUAAAAACAUUUAUUUUGCAUAGGAAUAAACUACAAAAUCUAUAAGAGUUUUAUCACAUAUUUAAAAUGCUCUCACUUCUGAUACUGCUUUCUGAUUAAAAGCCUCAAUGUGUUGCGAA